AUGGACUUGUCUUCUCUUGGAACCGUGGAGAUCUUUUUUUGUUUCUACCGUGGAGCAAUCCCAGUGUUUGAAAACCUGUCUCGUUUAUCUAUUGCAACUGAGGUCGGUUCGUGUUGGAAACUUGUGCCAUUACUGCUUAAAAUAUCUCCGAAUCUAGAGACUCUCGUCAUCAAGGGCCCCUUGCACAAUGAUCUGAAUCGACAAGGAAUAGGACCCGUUUGCGAGUGCUUGUGUGGAUCUAAUUUUCUGUUGUCAUGUCCUGUGAAAGUCCUAGAGUUAACCAAAUUCCGAGGAACUAAAGGAGAGUUGGAGCAAAUGAAACAUCUAUUGGAGAAAUUGCCGUGUCUUGAGCUUGUCAAAGUUCUUGCUUGGGCAACAAACGAAGAAGCAAAGUUGCAACUCGCCAUGGAUCUGCUAACGCUUCUAAGACCUUGCAAGAUCCAGCUCAAGUUCUUUUCUGGCUAA